GUACGAAGUCUGUUAGACCUUGUUCCGGUAGUUGCAUAUCACGGGUUGAGGUCGAACGCAUGUCACGGCAUGUUCAGCACUUUUGGCGUGAAGUUCAACAUAAAAGUGAGUUUUGGGUCGACGAGAAAAUGCUUUGAUUUGUCGAUAUAUCGAGUCCAAUCUCUGAUUGGUUUUCUGGCUGACAUUUAGAAUUUCGAAACGAGUACAAAGUGCAACGACCAGGUCAAACARACUUUGAUAUUAUUUCUGAACCUUUCUGGGAGCAAGGCCUCGAACAAGAGGUAGAAGAUUACUAUCUAAAUUCAAAUCUCGCUAGUACCAGUUUCUCGCGCGCGCCUAUCAAAACAGGGGUGUGUAAAAAAUUAAUUGAUAAGUGACCUUCGUCGAUUCAAGUGUAGUAAAGGUGUUCUACAAUCUGUGCGCAAAAUUUCGCUUUAUUCUUGCUGAUUUCGUACUGAAAAUGGCCAUCAACAAGGCAUAUGCUUGGGGGAGAGGACUGCUGAAGCUAUUCCUAGUGAUUGUGUCGUGUGUGGCGUUCAUCUGUAUGAUCGUAGCCGAUGACAAAACUUGGGACAUAUCAAAAGGAGACGAAUACAAACGUCGUUACACGUUCUUCCUGUUCGCCCAUAUCGCGGGCGCCGGCUCUUCGCUGCUGAUUUACUUGCUUUUCUUGUUUGACAUCAACAAUUCCGUGGGCUCAAGAAAAUGCUGGAGUUUCUUGGUGAUGAUCAUCUCCCUCACGGCGUCAGUUGUUUAUAUCGUGGCGUGUGGUUUACUCGUGGAGAGGGCUAAGGACGAGCACGAGAGCGGCUGGUACAAGCUAUCAGAUACCUGGGAACUUAUGACCAACCUUCGCAUCACUGCUUUGGCUUCUGGGUUUAUCUGUGCGAUCCUUUUCCUCAUCGACGCCCUUCUUCAUUGCAAAGAACUGCGUUAAGCAGAGAGAAWCUUAGCAUUAAAGGGCCACGGUUAACCGUCAUUCCAUGCGGUCAUGCUUUAGACUUUCCAUAUAUGAAACAUGGGUUGGCUAUAAAUACCAGUUCACAAUCUGUUUCAUGAUCGAAUCUUAAAUUAUCUUCAUUCUUAGAGCAUAAAGAGCAGAUAAAGAGAAAGAUGUUUUGCUUAUGUUAUAAUGUAUUUUCAUUUUCAAACAUCGGCAAAAUGUCGUAAGUGAUGCUGGUUGACCAUGGCCCUUUAAGACUAUUAGAACGAUCAAUAUARCGACUUGAACUGAGAUGAUUUCUUCAAAAUAUCUAGCUGGAAUUUUAUGGCUAUUAUUUUCCACUCAAUCUCCGAGCUAUUUGAAGAUUCUAAAAAAAAAAAAAUUCUCAUCCUCCCUUUUUCGUGAGGUAACCCUCCAAACCCGAUGAAACAAUCCCUUAAGAAACAUGGCCGAGAGUAUGAAUACAGUGAUCUACAGUGGUACAGUAACUGAUGCAGUGCUGUUUAGUCGAUGGAACUUUCAACUCAUGACGUCAUUCCGGUUUGUUUGGCGAAAUGCAUCAUGGUAAGAUGGCGAAUGCUUCGCAAAAUUGACGAUAUCCGUGGACAAGGACGCUUUGUAAAAUAUAUAAAUAAGAUAUACUAUAUGAUAUACUGAAAUACAGUAAAAAUCCGCGUAUAAGAACGAGUGGAUUAAGAACACCCAGGCCUGAUUUUAGGAAAUAAAGUACCAUUUAUAUAAGAACACAUUCAGGCUGAAAAAUGAAACUUGUUCUUAUAUGGAAACAUAUCAAAGAUCAAAACCAAUUUUUUAUUGCACACAUUGCUUUAACAAUUUCUUUAAAUCAAAAUAGUUACAUCAUUGUAUUGAUAACUUAAAAUUGUGUGCAUAUAUAUAUUGAUUUCAUCUAUUGGUAGCCAAGUAUGUUCCUUAUUUAAAAACACUUUUUUACUGAGAACACUUAAGAACACUUACAGGCUGAUUUUGUAGAUUAUAACCUUUUAUAUAMGAAACAAAUAAGCCUGAACCGCCAAAACAUCGGGUUUUUACUGUAUACUUCAUGAAUAGUCUAAGAAGCGCAUUCUUUGUUCGCAAAUCAGCRUUGAACUGAACACAGUGUGGCUUCAGUUGCCAUAAGUCCGUACUUUUGUAUAUCCCAUAGUUCAUUUCGCCACCAUCAUUUAUGUAUCAGACAAUAAAGUCGUAUCAAAAACG